AUGUCGUUCUUCUCGUCUCUUGCCGCAUGGUCUUCACCAGAAGGCUACGCCCAACAGACCACGACUAUCAACCCUACUACGAACCACGAUGAAAGCACCACAAUUAUUGGUGAUGGAUCAACCCAGGAAAGAGAUUUGCAGAAGCGUGGCGAUAUCAACACCCUCCAGAGACUUCGAUAUAAGACAUACCUGAUAGCCCUUACUGAUUCAAAUACCACCGAUAGCUCACUUGAUCUCCUUAACACCGAGCAAGAACUCCGAGAGCUGGUCCAGGAAGAAACCGCGAUCCGGGAGAGCCUCAACCAGGAUCACAACCUCCCCGCUACAGAGAGGCUGCAAUUUCUCAAUACCCAAUAUCACGUCUUAUCUCAAAAAUGGUGGCACUAUCGGUCGAAUCUGGAGCUAAUGGGACAAGAGCGGGGAUUCGAGCUAUGGAGAUCACAUCCCCAGUGGUAUAUGCAUCGUGAACUUGUGAUGGAUUGUAUUCGGCGGCAGGGAUGUUGCGCUCCCUUGGAGCAGGACAUUGUACAGUGGAAUGCAGGUGUUGUGCGAAGUCUCGCGGCUUUGAAUUCAGUGUGCCCCAGAAAGUGGAUUUGA